CACCAACAACGGGCGGCAUCACCGCAUGGACGAGUUCUCCCGUGGCAACGUGCCCUCCAGCGAGCUGCAGAUCUACACCUGGAUGGAUGCGACUCUGAAAGAGCUGACCAGCUUAGUGAAAGAAGUCUACCCAGAAGCACGGAAGAAGGGCACACACUUCAAUUUUGCAAUUGUUUUUACAGAUCUCAAGAGGCCUGGAUAUAGGGUGAAGGAGAUCGGCAGUACCAUGUCGGGCAGGAAGGGCACAGAUGAUUCCAUGACAUUGCAGUCCCAGAAAUUCCAGAUAGGAGACUACUUGGACAUAGCAAUUACUCCUCCAAACCGCGCACCACCCCCAUCAAGCCGCAUGAGACCCUACUAAACCAUUGCUUCUUUGUAUGAUUGCAUCUUCUGUUUACUCCUACUUGCUGUUCUAAAGCAGGCUUAUUUUUUUUUGCUUUCAUUGCUAAGCAAGAACACCUGAAGACAAUGCUAAGCAUCAGAAAUGAAAGUUAACUUUUAAACCUUUAGUUUUUGUUUAGAAGGAACACUUCUCUUUAGCAGUGCUGUCAUCCUAUCCCUGAUUGUUAUAGUUUGAACAGUAAGUCAGCAUGUCCAGCGUUUCAAGAUUUCCAUAAAAUAUGACCAGAAGGAUUACAGGUGUUCUGUGGUUCUGUCUUGUUUGGAAUAAAGAUUGAUGUUA